AUGAGGAGCCCCGCGAAAGCCUUGCAAAGGGACCGCCUCCUCCCCCGCCCCUCCCCGCGGGGAAAUUCCCCCGAGGCCGCGCGCGGUGCCCGCCGGGAACGGGAGUCCCCCGAGCUCUCGGGCAGGGCCGUCUGCGUCGCGAGUGGACUCCAUCUCCCGUCGUGCUCCGCGCGCGAGGGGCCUCCGCCUGGGCGGCGGCGCGCGAAGCAGGCCGGGAGCGGGAGUCCGGCGGCGGCUUCCGCCCGUCGGGCUGAGCGGGCGGUGCACUCGGUUUCCCGGCGUGCCCCGCGCGGGCUGCGCGAGGCGGGGCGUGCGGAGGCGGCGGCGGAGGAGGCCGCGGCGCUGAGGCGGCGGCGGCGGCGGNCCUCCUCCUCGGCCUCGUCUUCCCCGGCGGCCGCUGCCUCGUCCGCUGCGGCGGCGGCGUCCAACCCGCGCAAGUUCAGCGAGAAGAUCGCGCUGCAGAAGCAGCGGCAGGCCGAGGAGACGGCGGCCUUCGAGGAGGUCAUGAUGGAACUGGGCACCACCCGGUUGCAGGCUCAGAAGUUGCGACUGGCGCACAGCCGAGGACCUUAUUACGGCGGAUCGCUGCCCAACGUCAACCAGAUUGGAAGUGGUGCGGCAGAGUUUCAGGGUCCCCUCCAUUCUCCGCUGGACUCAGCCCGGGGCACGCGGCACCACGGCUUGGUGGAACGGGUACAGCGGGAUCCCCGCCGGAUGAUCUCGCCGCUCCGCCGCUACCCCCAUCACAUCGACAGUUCUCCUUAUAGUCCGGCGUACCUGUCCCCUCCUGCUGAACCGAGCUGGAGAAGGACAAUGCCUUGGGGCAAUUUUCCUCUGGAGAAAGAACGCUUGUUUAGACUGCCUGCCUCACUCAACAGAACGAACUCGGACUCUGCCCUCCACACCAGCGUGAUGAACCCCAACCCACAGAACAUGUACCUGGGACCCUCUCAGGCGGCCCCCCCUCCCAGUCGGAAGACCGGUUACCUAGAUACUGAUACGGAUAGCAAAGUGCCUUCCAUCGAAGAGAACCUCUUAGACGACGGGAAGCAGUCGCUGAAACCUUGGGACACCAAGAAGCUCUCCUCGUCUUCCGCCCGUCCCCGAUCUUGCGAGGUGCCUGGAAUCCACAUCUUCCCGUCCCCAGACCAGCCUGCCAACUUGCCUCUGAUGCCGUCCACCCUCAACACGGGGGGGUCCCUGCCGGAUCUGACCAAUCUGCACUUCCCUUCCCCGUUGCCUACGCCCCUGGACCCGGAGGAGUCGGCCUACCCCAGCCUGAGCGGCGGAAGCAGCACCAGCAACCUGGCCAGCACCAUGACGCACCUGGGGAUCAGCGGUGGGAUGGGCCUGGGCCACGGCUACGACCCCCCAGGUACCUCCUCCAUCGGCUCCCCGCUCAGCGGCCAGUCCUUGCCUUCCUCCCUCAGCACCCCCUCGCUGUCCACCUCGCUCAGCAACCCUUCCCUCCCCACCUCGCUCAGCGCCCACUCGAUGCCCUCGGUCCCGGCCAAUUCCCGGCUGCCCCCACCGCCCCAUCCCCACCACCAUCCGCCCCAGGGCUUUGGGGGCCCGGCCUCCUCCUCCUCCUCCUCUUCCUCCUCCACCGCCUCGUCCCCGGCCGCCUCCUACGCCCCUCUGAACGCUUCCCCCCGCCGCAGGGUCCCCCUCAGCCCCCUGACUCUCCCCAUGGCUGGAGAUACGAGACGACAGCACCCCAAACAGUUUUCGCCAACUAUGUCACCCACAUUGUCUUCCAUCACCCAGGGGGUACCGUUGGACACCAGCAAGCUCCCCGCAGACCAGCGGCUUCCGCCCUACCCCUACAGCCAGCCAGGUGUGCUGCUUCAGCACAGCCAGAAGUCCCAGCACCAGGUGCCCGGAGGAGUCCCUACCUCUCAAACAUGCCAGCCCUCCCAGACGCCCUGCCCUUACCCGGCGCAUUACCAGCCUAAUUCCAUGCUCCAGCACCAGCUCAACCAGCCGUUGGGGGACUUCGGCUUUGGCAACUUCGACCAGUACGGCUUUGUCGACAACAUGACGGGAGGUUUUGCCUUCAACAGCAACGCCUUCGCGGAGGACAUGGGUGCCUUAAAUUACUCGCCGAGCGACCACAUGGGACCGCCAAUGGGCGGUGGGGGCGGCCACAGUAGCAACAGCAACAGCAGCGCCAUGAACGACCCCCACUUGCUCGGUCGGCAGAACCUGAGCAAUUGCAGUCGUCAUGGCCCCAUCCCGAACAUCAUUCUCACGGGGGAUUCCCCGCCUGGCAUCUCCAAAGAAAUCGCCAGCGUCCUGGCAGGCAUGCCGGGCUUCGAAAUGGACGCGGCUUCCCUGGGUCUGGAUGAGGAUCUGAAGAUCGAGCCGCUGAGCUUGGACGGACUCAAUAUGCUGAGCGACCCAUACGUCCUGCUGACCGAUCCCUCCGUCGAAGACUCCUUCCGCACCGACCGGCUCCAGUGA